AUGACAGGAGUAGGUAGAGCGAUUAAAGCGAAGAAGUUGAAUCCUCGGUACAUCGGUCCGUUUCAGAUCCUGGAGAGGGUUGGACCGGUAGUGUAUCGGAUGGCUCUACCACCCCACCUUUCAAACCUGCAUGACGUAUUUCUCAUGUCGCAGCUUUGGAAGUAUACUCCUGAUACUAGCCAUGUGUUAGAACCUGAAUCGGUUCAGUUAAAAGAAGAUUUGACACCUCCGAUGACUCUGGUUAGAAAUGACGAUACGAGUAUAAAACGAUUGCAUGGAAAAGAGGUUUUAUUAGUCAAAGUGGCAUGGAGUUGA